AUGGCAACGUCUCUCGCAGUUCCAAUCGCGUACAUCACCGUACUCGUCACUUCACUCGCAAUCUUUUCGCGAGUGUACCGCCGUCGACGGGCUGCCGAGAAGACGUCGUUCGAGCCAUGGUUCCCCGCCCACCCAGCCCGCGACAUAUACAUUACCCUGCUGGGUGCCGAGCCGCCCGUGCCAGAGAGCAUGCUCAAGAGUGCGCUCCUGGUUCGUGCGACGGCCGAUGUCAAGCGCAUCUGGCGGAUCAAGGAGGACCAAGCUGCGCUGCAAGGCCUUCAUCAACGCGGUCUUGUUGGCGACGAUACCAUGGCUCGCUUUGCCGCUGCUGAGAAAGAGCUCGAGGCCGAGAUUGUCGACGUCGUUAGCGAGGCCAAUACGUUCCGGCAGGGAUGGGGUAGCAUCAUCUUUGCGACGGCUAGCGAGAUGGCGAACGCUGAGCGUACGCGCGACACGGUCAUCAACAUUGGCAAGGCCAAGGCUGAACAAGAGAAACGCCUCCAGCUGCGCGCCAAGCUCCUCGGCCUCCCCAUCCACCAGGCCGACCUCUCGGACCCCGCGACCGCCAUUAAGACGGGCUCGCCGUCUCCCACCCAGACUCCCACUCCCACUCCCACGCCCGCCGCAGUCGUCGCGGGUCCCACGAAGCGCAAGGGCAAGAAGAAGUAG